AUGUCUGACCUGGCCAGAGAUGGAAGACGUGAGAGAAACAGCACUGAACUGGACCACGACAGGUCUCAUGGCUCAUCACGGUGGUCACAAUGCAGGAAACGAGGGAUUGAUGGCAAUUUGCGGUUGAAGAGAGAUGAUGUUGAUAAUGAUGGUGAAGAUGACACUGACACAAACAACAGAAAUGCCAGUUUUACCACUCCGGAAAGCAGAAGCCAAGUGUCCCGCAUUGGUCAACGGGCUGACUGGGGCAGCCAGGUGGAGGAAGAUGAGAUGAGGAGGGAUGUGCAGAAAGACAUGCAACGUUACAGAAGGAGGAUACUUGCAGCAGAUUUCGCUCAGAGGGAGAGGAAGAUGUCUUCGGGCUCUUCUGAAAGCUGUGACUCAAAAGAGGGCGACAACAUAGAGAUGGAUGAAGCUGUGUUGCUGCGACGACAGAAACAGAUCAAUUACGGCAAGAAUACACUGGCCUAUGAUCGAUAUAUCAAGGAGGUUCCCAAACACAUGCGACAACAAGGCAUUCAUCCAAAGACUCCCAAUAAAUUCAAGAAAUACAGUCGGCGUUCCUGGGACCAGCAGAUCAAACUAUGGAAGGUCAAACUCCAUGCCUGGGACCCACCAGCCAAAGAGGGAGAAGACAAUGCCAAUGUUGAGGAGCUCAAUUUUGAGGAUGUUAUGGACAUAGAGCUGGACUUUCCUAUUUUAGCAGAUUCUGGGAAUGGUACAUGCUCUUUCACCACGCACAGCUUGUCACUGGAGGAUGACUGUGCAGGAACUCCGAACAAAAUACAGAAGACCGAAAAUACUGUAGAGCUUGACAUGGCAUAG